CACAAAGAACGCGGCGGGCAUGACGCCUGCACAGUGGGCGAAAAGCUCGUCAGCUACUUCUUCCCACACUCGUCUCUCUCUCCUUUCUUCCUCGCUCUCGCUCUCUGUGCAAUCUCUGUUUGCUUGUCCCUCUGUCGGUGGCUGCGUUUGCAUAUAUAUCAAGAAAUCAAUUGAUUAAGGAUCCAUGGCCGGAAGGGAAAUUCUCCACAAGAUGAAGAUGUAGAUCUGGAUGUUGGAUUCUUGGUGGUGAUGUUUCCAAAGGAGAAGGUUGGGUUGUGUUCAUCUACAUCCGACACUGGAAAAGGGAAGAGUAGGAUGUCAAAGCACAUUACACAUGGCUUUCAUCUGGUGAAAGGAAGAUCAAGACAUGCCAUGGAAGAUUACGUUUUUGCACAAUUUAAGCAGGUUGAUGACAAUGAGCUUGGUCUGUUUGCCAUAUUUGAUGGUCAUUUGAGCCAUGAUGUUCCAGAUUAUUUGCGCUCUCAUCUGUUUGAUAAUAUUUUGAAGGAGCCUGACUUCUGGACUGAAACGGAGAAUGCAAUCAGGAGAGCAUAUGGUAUAACUGACACCAAGAUUUUGGAGAAAAGAGCUGAUUUGGGUAAAGGGGGUUCAACUGCAGUUACAGCAAUACUAAUUAAUUGUCAGAAAUUGGUGGUUGCCAAUGUUGGUGAUUCUCGGGCUGUCAUCUGCAAGAAUGGUGUGGCCAAACAACUGUCAAUUGACCAUGAACCAAGCAAAGAACGGAAGAACAUUGAGGAUAGAGGUGGUUUUGUAUCAAAUUUUCCAGGGGAUGUUCCACGCGUCGAUGGGCAGUUGGCCGUGGCAAGGGCAUUUGGUGACAAGAGCUUAAAGGAUCACCUCAGUUCAGAACCAGAUGUGGCUGUGGAGAUGAUAGAUGAUGAUACAGAGUUUGUUAUCUUGGCGAGUGACGGAUUAUGGAAGGUAAUGUCAAACCAGGACGCAGCGGAUUCAAUUAGAGAAAUAAAGGAUGCUCAAUGCGCCGCAAAGCACCUUACUGAGGCUGCACUUUCUAGGAAAAGUAGUGAUGACAUCUCCUGUAUCGUUGUAAGAUUUCAUUGAUCCCUUCCUUUCCCCUUCGUCCCUUCUUUCCUUCUUAUUGUAUUUUUUUUCUUAAAACCCUUUCAAGAAGAAACUGUGUUUUUCGGAAUCUGGUUUUGCCAGUGAUGUAUAAAUGAACCUGAUAACUGUUUGUGCAAUUAUAUAGAGAAGUCUCUUCAUAUUUGUCUCA